AUGCAUAAGUUUUUGUCUAUCCUUGUUAUCUUCUCUGCGCCGGCUUGGGCCGUGUACAAUACUACUUGCAUUAAGAUGGCAAUAGGCCCAGCUAUCUUGAACGCAUGUCCACCUGGCUACGAUGUUAUCUCGAAUGGUGAUUGUUGUGACCGUGACUAUAUCACUUCCACAGCUAACUGCUUCGACCAAAUCGAUGAGACUGGACAUAAUAACUGCGAGAAAAAUAAGAACUACUGUAACACUGAUGGGUACACGAAAGAGAUGCAUGAGCAAUGUAGAAAAACUUGUGGACUUUGCACUCCCUCCUCGACUUGUGCUGACUUGAAGAAUCCAAACACUGGACGUUCUGGGUGCCAUGCUAACAAAGCUCUAUGCAACGACAAAACUGUCAAAGAAGCUAUGAAGCUCAAGUGUCCAAAGACUUGUGGAUAUUGCAAGUAA